AUGGUUGGAGUUGACACCAUUCACGAUGUUAAGAUCGAUAAAGACACAAUUAUAACAAGAAACAUGAAUUUGAAAAAUAAAAAUGACAAAUCUUCAGAAGCACAGAUCGAGCAAAAAAAUGUAAGUCCCGACUGGUCUUACAGCUCUUUCCCGAAAGAUGUGAAAAAACAUGUCGAUCAAUUCAAACGUAACAUGUCAGAAUGUCUAAAAGAAGUUCAUGCUAAUGAUAAGAGACCGAUAAAAAGACUUUCUCCUAAGAAAGAGUCACCUGUACACGGAGAUUGCUUGAUCGCCUGCGUUCUUAAACGAAACAGCGUCAUAGAAAACGGAAAGAUUCAUAAAGAAAACCUUAUAGCACUGGUGAAGAAAUUUUACGAAAAAGAUGAAAAAUUGAUGAAGAAACUGGAAAAAAAUCUUGACCGAUGUAUUGAGACGAGUGCUCGUGACAAGGAUGACUGCGCUGUAGCGGCGCGUCUGAACGAAUGUACUAAUGAUAUAAUGACGAGUAAUAAACACAAAAUUGUUGUUAAUUAUUAA